CCUCUUCAUACAUUAUUGUAUGUACUAGGAGUAUAUAUAUUCAUUUAUAAUGAGAGUGAUAUCUAUGGUGAGGUUAUUCGCCAUUACAAUGUAGAAAAAAGAUGACAAAAGAAGAUGACGUCCAUCCCCGAGGGCUUCUCACUAUCGGUCGGACAAUUAACUAAAAGAAUGUAAAUUGGACUUUAAUCACAAGCUGAUAAAUACCGAGUGAGGCUAUGACCCAGGUACUUGCAAAGACUAUGCAUUUUUAUAUGGUAACUUCUCAUCAUACUUGCCGAGAUUCGAACUCGAGCUUUACUCCUUGUGACAUCCCAUAUCUAUCAGCAGUGGCGGAACCAUCUCGGGGAUCUUGGAUGGGCACAUAUAGGAAAGGCAAGGUUUCUGGCAAUGUGGGCGGCUUGUUGCGGCCCAUGAAUUAUGGUAUGUGUCAAGGCGGGCAGCGGCAAGAGGAAGUAUCGAAGAGGCUACAACACUGCUACAUCUGGGCCAUUCGGAAAAGGUUGUGUUUGCCGUUUGGAGUGUUCUGUCUCAGGAGUCAGGGAACAUAAGUACUCUUAUUUUUGGGGGAUUUGACUUUGCACCCCACUUUUUUGUGAUAUUGGAUUUUGCACCCCAUUUUCAAAAAAGUUUGACUUUGCACCCCAUUCUAUUAAAAAUUAUUUGACUUUGCACC